AUGGGUCGCGUGCGCACGAAGACGGUGAAGAAGGCCGCCAAGGUCAUGAUUGAGAAGUACUACACUCGCCUCACCAACGACUUUGAGACCAACAAGCGCAAGGGCCCUGUGCGCGGCAUCUCCAUCAAGCUGCAGGAGGAGGAGCGCGAGCGCCGCGACAACUACGUGCCCGAGGUCUCUGCCAUCCACGCCGACGACACCAUCCCCGUGGAUCAGGACACGUUUGACAUGCUGCAGUCCAUUGGCUACAGCACACUCGACCGCCUUCGCGUCGAGGGCCGAUGAUCUGUCUCUCUCCUUUCUCUCUUCUCUGCGUGGUAUCCAACUAUCUGCCUGCUACCUCUCUCCCUCUCUCUGUCUGCGUGCCCUCCCCUCGGUGUCACAUCAUGCUAUUCAUCGCACAUUACAACCAGCUCGGCUUAUCCAAGCCAACGCAUCCAUCCAUCCAUGCAGCAAGUCACACAUCACAUUCCACCACCACCACCAACACC